AUGGUGGCACCACCACCUCUCACCACCGUGCUACCUACCGAACUCGCAGUUGAGACCACCGCACUGGCCACCGCCGCCGAACAUGGUGGAACCUCCCAUCAAGGUGGGCUCGUUACCACCACUGACUUAGACCUGGUCUUGGAGCAACUUCAAGCAUUCCCUCCAUUGUCUCCACGCUCGACGCACGCUCCUGCAUACACCUCCAAUGAAACCCUAGCCCAUGUGCAUUUGGGCUCCACACACUUCUCUCCUCCCAAUCCACGAAGUCAAGCAGAUCUUAAUAUGAGAGUUGACCAGUUAGCUUAG